GUUCGCUGUUGUUGAGGUACUGGAGCAAGUAAACUCGGUCAAGAUGUCCUACGGCCCACGACAAACAAACGUCUUCCCGUCAGGUUCGAACUCUACCCUCGGUGGUCUGCACGGCUCCAAUACGUCCUUGUUGCGACAGAGCAACCAGACCCAGUCUGCGCUUCAGACUAGAAUCAAUGCGAAACGUGCAGAGCUCGAGAAUCUACGGCAACUACGCGACCUGAGUGGGAAUCUUGCAGACCAGCUAUCGGCGCUUGAAGGAAAAUUGAGUACUUUGAAGGAUGGGGCGCAAAGUGUUGCACUCGUACUGGCGAAUUGGGAGAAUGUCCUUCGCGCAAUCAACAUGGCAGCCAUGAAAGUUCCCGUGCCCAAGGACGAUGACGGUGCCGAACAGAAAGAUGUCGAUGAGAAUGACGAUUCGGGAAAAAAGAAGGAAGCGGCGCAGGAACUGCCUGUACCUCUGGUCAGAAUACCGGUACAGCAGAAUGAAACUGGUGGCUGAUACAUGUGUUGGAUCUACACAUGUCGAGAAUACCUUGCACCAAGGCACUUUAUCUGGGGAAGAGACUGAAGGACUGAUUGCAGCCUAUAUCCCAAACCCAAGCACGAAGUCGAAUCACUCGGAAGACCGGCGAAACAUACAAUCCUCCAACUCUUUUGGUCGACUCGAAGUUGGCACGAUACCAGGCCCGUCGCAUUGUCGAGACCGCUUUUAAGGCGCAUCUUUUUCAAGCCAAAGUCACCACGUUCUCAAUGUCGACGUCGGCCCAUUCAUGGCCACCGCCUGUUGUGAAUUGGAGAAACAGCCAAACAUCACCUAGUACAUCGAUCCUUCGUCCGAUCGUGUUACCCCCAGCCGAGACGGCCGAGAAAGGAGCGACAUGUUCCAAAAGGCACGGCGGACAUGAAGCCGCUAUACGGACCACACAAUUGAUCUUGUGGUUCCAAUGCCAAACGAGAACACUAGUGUACAUUGUUAUCGAGGCAGAGACAACAAGUCAAGCACAGAUAGAAGGAAGCCAGGAGGGUAUAUAAUCCAGAUAGAAGCUGCCAUUGUGAAACUAGCU